AUGCCAGCUCGAUCUAGUCCCCUCCAAUCCGAGAUUUCGCCUCCUCUGGCAGCAGACACUGACUAUGAUCAUAGCGGUUUACUUGUUGUGGUCACUUCGCUAGCUUCGUUUCUAACCCUGGCCUCUCUUUCAAUCCGUGCAUUUGUUGCCUCAAAAAGAUCAUCCGUGCUGAAUGAUGAUUACGUACUUCUCACAGCAGUGAUAUGUGCAUGCGUGCAAGUCUCUGUCACUCUAACCUCCGUUCACUAUGGAUGGGGUAAAAUGCGAGGUAUGGUUUCGGACAAGAACUGCACGCCGAUGCUGAAGACGGUCUAUGUAGCGGACCUGCUCUAUAUCCUUGUCGUCGGUCUGUCGAAAAUUUGCUCGAUGGUCUUUUAUCGGAACCUCUCCAUCCGUCGCUCUAUGCGGGCAAACUAUGCCAUCCUCUCUGCUUGUUCGGUAUGGACUGUUCUCGCAAUAACCAUUCUGGGGGCUCGUUGCAGUGAGAGCCCGUGGGAGGAUAUUGAUAAUCACUGCGCUGGUCUCCUACUGCGUUGGAAGGUUAUCUGCGCCCUAGAUAUCGUUCUUGAAGCAUUUAUCCUAGCCUAUCCGGCGGGGAUUAUCUAUAAAGUUCAAAUUUCUCCAUUCAAGAAAUUCAUCAUCUUCACGAUUCUCAGCUGCCGCAUUAUCCUCAUUCCUCUCUCUGCCAUCCAUCUAUACUUUGUCCAGAAGCAGAUACAGUCGCCUAAUCCAACUUUGGCCGGAACGUACGCGACAAUAGUCGCUCAAAUCCAUCUUGGUGUUAGUGUUCUCGUGCUUACCGUUUCAUCUCUAAAGAUGUUCGUAGCAGUCUACGAAGAUGAGCAGGGCCUCGCAUAUACCGAAGAUGCCUCAAAAUCACUAGGCAUUAGCAAUAACGAUAACUGUCGACAGUGGAAAACAAGGUCGUGGAGGCGGUCUCGGCAAACGAAGAAGCUCAGCCUGUCAUCCACUGGCUGCGAUGAUGGCCCCUUCAUACCCUUGGCCUCAGAAACGCGGGUCAGUGGUAAUACUAUUGUCAAGAGCGUCCACAUCUCAGUAACCCAUGAGGCCCGUGGGAAUAUCGUACUGGGCGAAAGAGGGCCGCAUGGCCAUAGUGGAGAUAUUAUGUAG